AGCAGAUCACAGCAUCAUCACCGGAAACGGAAGUAGUAAUGUCGGUUGCUAGCUACACACUGCUAGCCUUAACAGUAACAAUAGCUUGUGAAUAUUAACUUAAUAACCAUCUCUACGGGUUUCACGUAUUGUAGAAACGUUCACGGUGAUUUUACGAAAAACAAAUCUUACAGAAUAUCUGCUUGGCUUUUCGCGGCUCUGUGUUUAAAGUGAACGUAUCGUAGAAAUGACAACGUUAGCAUUAGCCUCUAGCUAGCUAGGAGCGUGUUGUUGGACGGUGCACCGCUGAACCGAGAGAGCGGUUUGUGAAUGAAUGAACGGUAUUUACUUUAGUUUGACAGGUUGUGAAAAGCGUUAAUCAACCACAUAUUCAGUCAUGGGUACUGGAGCUGAUGUCAGGGAUAUUCUGGAGUUGGGUGGAGGAGAUAAUGACGGUCCCAUCAGCAAGAAAGAUCUCAUCAACUCGGACAAGAAAAAGUCCAAGAAGACAACAGAAACGCUGACCUUCAAGAGACCCGAGGGAAUGCACCGAGAGGUCUAUGCUCUGCUCUACUCAGAUAAAAAAGAUGCACCCCCUUUGCUGCCUAGUGAUACUACUCAGGGCUACAGGACAGUCAAAGCCAAGCUGGGCUGUAAAAAGGUGCGUCCCUGGAAGUGGAUGCCCUUCACCAAUCCAGCUCGCAGGGAUGGGGCUAUAUUCCACCACUGGAGACGUGUGGCAGAGGAGGGCAAGGAUUACCCUUUUGCUCGCUUCAACAAGACAGUGCUAGUACCAGUGUACUCUGAGCAGGAAUAUCAGAUGCAUCUCCAUGACGAUGGCUGGACUAAAGCAGAGACAGAUCACCUGUUUGACCUGUGCAAGCGCUUUGACCUGCGCUUCGUAGUUGUCCAUGACCGUUACGACUACCAGCAAUACAGAAAACGUUCUGUGGAGGACCUGAAAGAACGGUAUUAUAGUAUUUGUGGUAAGCUGACCAAGGUCCGUGCAGCUUCAGGGACAGAGCCCAAGAUCUACAUCUUUGAUGCCGGCCAUGAAAGGCGCCGUAAAGAGCAACUGGACAAGCUCUUCAAUCGCACACCUGAACAAGUGGCAGAAGAGGAAUAUCUUAUUCAGGAGCUGAGGAAGAUUGAGUCUAGGAAGAAAGAGCGUGAGAAGAAGACCCAGGAUCUGCAGAAACUCAUUAAAGCAGCUGACACGACCACGGAGUUAAGACGAGCCGAAAAGAGAGUUUCCAAGAAGAAGCUCCCGCAAAAAAGAGAAACAGAAAAACCGGCUGUUCCAGAAACAGCAGGCAUCAAGUUCCCUGACUUCAAAUCAGCAGGAGUCACACUGCGCAGUCAGAGGAUGAAACUGCCAAGCUCGGUUGGCCAGAAGAAGAUCAAGGCCAUUGAGCAGAUCCUGCUAGAUCAAGGAGUCGAUCUUAACCCCAUGCCCACAGAGGAGAUUGUUCAGAUGUUCAAUGAGUUGCGUAGCGACCUUGUGCUGCUGUACGAGCUGAAGCAGGCCCACAGCAAUUGUGAAUAUGAACAACAGAUGCUGCGUCAUCGCUACGAGGCCCUAAUGAAGACCGGCAGCGGAGGCGUGUUGGGUGGAACUAUGGGGGCCGGACUAGCCGCCGCAACACAGGCUGGAGAACUCAAUGCCACCAACAGCACCACAGCGUCCACCCCAGGGGGCGAAGCUCCAUCCUGGCCCUGUGCAGACGACAUCAAGCUGGAAGCCAAGGAGCAAAUCAUCGAUGUUGUAGGAGCACCACUUACCCCCAACUCACGCAAACGGAGAGAGUCGGCAUCCAGCUCGUCUUCAGUGAAAAAGGUGAAGAAGCCUUGAUGAGGACGAGAGCACCAGCUGGUACACGGUGGAGGACGAGGGACCGUGUAAGAUACCCUGGUCACAGUGGAGACGCCCACAAGUUUUAUGGUUGGACAACAGGGACACAGGGGAGCAGGACACCACAUUGCUGUCCAUUUAUCGUAGAAGCACCACUGACUACACGCACAUACACACACACACAACUUUUCAAGACCUCUCCAGCCCUUCCUAAUCUGGCCUGCCCAGCAUCUUUGUGACAAAGGCAACAACUGAGUGACAUUUCAUUCCAUUACUGCUCGUCUCCCUGCCUCCUCCAUUGCUCAGCCUUAGAUGAGGCAAGAUCAACUGUAAAUUGCCAGGCUGAGCUAAUCGGGACAUGGGGAAGAAGGUGGGAACGACUGGGUAAUUGAAAUGAAUUGGAAUGAAAGAAGAGACUCCGGGAGUGGGAGGACCUCGAGACGCAAUGCUCAUUUGACCCAUCUGAGUUUUUUUUGUAGCCUAAUCAUGCCGUAGUGUUUACUGGAAAUGUGUUUUUGUGUUAGCCUUUAGUAGCUCCCUCUCCACCCAGAGUGCGUCUCGCUCUCUCUCUCUCUGAUGGACGGCGGUUGCAUCCGCUGCCCGUUCUUUACGUUGAGCCAGUGGGGCUUCACCAUUUGUGUUGUUUGUCCUCAGGUGACCUUGAAAUGAUUCAAUAAACCUCAUUGUUUUUUUUUUCA